GAGCAGGAGGCGGUGGCGGCGGGAGCGGCUUCAGCCUCUCCUGGAGACUGGGGCGAAGGCGGCGGCGGCGAAGGAGGUGAAGGAGCGGCGAGGGUGGCGGCGAAGGCGAUGGCGACGCGGGGCACAUGAAGCGGCGGCCGGCGGGACGGGCCAAGGCCCGGCGGAGAAGGCGGCUCCGGGGGAACCCGCCGCCGGGUUCCACAGUGUGCUAAGGUCCUCUGCGAACUGGUCUUUUAACUUCUCUCCAACUACUUCCCAAACAUCCUCCAUCAUGUUCCAGUCCAAGAGACUUCUUGUGCAACUUUUCCCUCACACCAUUUUCUCCAUCUGCCUGGCUGGCCUCUACUUCCCACUCCAGGUCUGCCUGGUGAAACCAUACCCAUCCUUCAAAGACCCACUUGCUUUGUGCAGUGAUUAUCCUAUUGCCCAAACACCAUUAAUUAAAAAUUCCAUCUUUGCCCCCAUUGAUGUGAGGAGCCACCUACAUUAGUAGCUUUUCAGCAGAGGAGUAACACGUCUGUUUUAGGGAGAGAAUUCUGGUGGAGAUGUAGAAGACAGACUGAAGAAGAGAGAAAGUAGAGCAGAGGGAAUCUGGAAAAGUUGCAGGCAAGACAUCAUUUCUUUAAGAACAGUUUGGGUAACAGAAGUUCUGGAAAACAGGGCAAACCAAUUCAAUCACCAUGAGUUGGAGCUUUCUGACUCGCCUGCUGGAGGAGAUUCACAACCAUUCCACAUUUGUGGGGAAGAUCUGGCUCACUGUGUUGAUUGUCUUCCGGAUUGUCCUUACAGCUGUAGGAGGAGAGUCCAUCUAUUAUGAUGAACAAAGCAAAUUUGUGUGCAACACAGAGCAGCCGGGCUGUGAGAAUGUUUGCUAUGAUGCCUUUGCACCCCUCUCCCAUGUGCGCUUCUGGGUUUUCCAGAUCAUCCUGGUGGCUACUCCUUCGGUGAUGUACCUGGGCUAUGCCAUUCAUAAGAUUGCCAAAAUGGAGCACGGUGAAGCAGACAAGAAGGCAGCUCGGAGCAAACCCUACGCGAUGCGUUGGAAACAACACCGGGCUCUGGAAGAAACAGAAGAGGACCAUGAAGAGGAUCCCAUGAUGUAUCCAGAAAUGGAAUUAGAAAGUGAAAAGGAAAAUAAAGAGCAGAGCCCACCUAAACCCAAGCAUGAUGGCCGACGACGGAUUCGGGAGGAUGGGCUCAUGAAAAUUUAUGUGCUGCAGUUGCUGGCAAGGACCGUAUUUGAGGUGGGUUUUCUGAUAGGGCAGUAUUUUCUGUAUGGCUUCCAAGUCCACCCAUUUUAUGUGUGCAGCAGACUUCCUUGCCCUCAUAAGAUAGACUGCUUUAUUUCUAGGCCCACUGAAAAGACCAUCUUCCUUCUGAUAAUGUAUGGUGUUACGGGCCUUUGCCUAUUGCUUAACAUUUGGGAGAUGCUUCAUUUAGGGUUUGGGACCAUUCGAGACUCACUAAACAGUAAAAGGAGGGAACUUGAAGAUCCGGGUGCUUAUAAUUAUCCUUUCACUUGGAAUACACCAUCUGCUCCCCCUGGCUAUAACAUUGCUGUCAAACCAGAUCAAAUCCAGUACACCGAAUUGUCUAAUGCUAAGAUCGCCUACAAGCAAAACAAGGCCAACAUCGCCCAGGAACAACAGUAUGGCAGCCAUGAGGAGAACCUCCCAGCUGACCUGGAGACUCUGCAGCGGGAGAUCAGAAUGGCUCAGGAACGCUUAGAUCUAGCAAUCCAGGCCUACAGUCACCAAAACAAUCCCCAUGGUCCCCGGGAAAAAAAGGCCAAAGUAGGGUCCAAAGCUGGGUCCAACAAAAGCAGUGCUAGUAGCAAAUCAGGGGAUGGGAAGACCUCUGUCUGGAUUUAAUCUUGGCUGGGCUUAAAACUUAACGCUUUUCAUAGUUUAUGGUAAGCAACAGCUCACUGAAUAAUGACUUCCAUUGAGUAAACAUUUGGCUCUGGUUAUCUUCAGGGAUGCUGUUGGCUCUUGAUCCAAGCUCAGGGGACUCUGAAGGCGGGGCUGGGAUGAGGGUGAAAAGAGGAAAACAUGGUGUUCCUGGGCACGUGUUCUCAGCAAUAAUACAGUUGCAGAACUUUACAUUUGUGUCUUCCAGAUCUGGAAAAGAACAGAUAUAUUUAAAUCAUUCUCAUUGAACAGUUUUUGUAUGUACAGUAUUAUGGUACAUUUUUUUUUAGUAUGAGAACUUUUUUUGUAUUUGUACAUUGGACUGCUGUAGCUAUACUUUUAUAUUAAAGGAAAGAAGUCCUUCUAAGUAAUGCCUAUUAGGCUAGUGUUAUUACUUCAUUCAGCAAAUUCUACCCUGCCUUUAGAGUUUUAAUAGAUGCUACACCUAAUAAAAGUGCCUCUCAUAUUGCAGGAAAGAUUUCACAUAUGGAAGGAGACUGAGGAGGAAGUAUAAUUUUUCAGUCUUGGAAAGAAAUCCACAGUAGAAGGAGGUUGAGAUCUUUCUUUUACAUGAGAAAUCUUGAAUCUCAUUCAUGUGACCAGAGUUGUAGUUAAUUUUGAAAACCUGUUCAUAUUUUCAAAGGAGGUAAAUGAUUAACUGCAGGAUUCCUUUAAAUAUCAAGCAUUGCCAGUAUAUGCUUCGAUGAUGUGUAUAUAAUUUAAAUUCUUUCAAAAGACUAAUAAAAAGUAUCCCCAGUCUGGUAGCAAUGUGGAGAACCUGGCUAGAGUUGAUGCUAAGCUGCAUCUCUGAAAGGAAAGCCAUGCCUGGAAAAUGAGCCCUAGUAGGAUGUAGUUGUGAACCUGUUUGAUUUGCCUUAAGCCUCUAUCCAAAAACCUGCCUCUCUCUGUGGUUUCUUAAGAAGCCAGUGAUGGAUAUUUUAUUUGUUACCAUUAGAAAUACAAAAGUCCCCAUGCAGACUAAGAAUACUCAAAGAUACUUAUACUGCAAAUGGCAGGAGGUCAAAAUCCAAAUUCCUUAUUUUUUAUGAUUUAUCGUGGAACUACUAUGAUUUACUUACUUCUACCAGGGUACGAUUCUGCCUGAAAGGUCAUUCCGACCUGGGAUUCUCUCUGUAAAUAGACCUAAAGAGAAGUUCCAUAUUUAUUCCCUGUAGGCAUAUGUAUUUGUAAAUGGCAAGCAUUAAUGUUCAUCACACUGAUUAUAAUUUGCAGUAUUGCCAUUUUCAACCUUAUGUUGGAGAGAGCUUUGCUUUCUUGUGUUCACAUUGUUUAAGUUUUGUGAACUGCUCAGUAAGAGCUUGACAAAGGUUUAAAGGGGCCUUUGCUCCACCAGGGAGCAUUUUAUUUGAGUAUCUCACUCUUUUCUAACAGAAAGCUAUUGCAGGCCACCUCUUUGAAAUUCCAAAAGCAUUAUUUUUUAUGUCUUAAAUUUGAAAUGCCAGUUCUCCACGAUUUAGAAGUCUAGUAGAAUAGCGCCCUUUGUGCAGUUUUUUUCCCUUUGUUAUUUUUCUAUUACAUUCCUUCUCUCCCCCUCCCAAAAAAGAAACUUAGUAGAAAUUGUAACCUUACCAUCUAGCCAUUCAUUUACUUUUAUUUUGCUUUUUUUUUUUUAAUCUUUAAAUUUUAGCCUAGAGGAAGCUCCUCAGGAUCUCUAAACAUCUUAAGUAAAAAGUAAACUCAGGUGAGACUGAAGGGGAAAUUUCAGAAAAUGAUUAUACGUGUAUGUAUUAUGGAUAAUUAAUAGACAUACACAGUUUCUUUCAAACCAAAUGCUUAAUGAGGAAAUUCAUGUAAUUCCAAGAAAACAGGCAAGAUUUUAAACACCUAAGCCUAGCUAAGACAAAGAACUACCAAUUCUUAUAUUGCUGGAGCUUCAAGCAGAUUUCUUAAUUGAAGAACAGAAAAUGCCCAUGCAUAUAUAUACAUCUAUCCAGAACCUGAAGGAGAACAGUGGCUUCGCCAACAGAAAGGUUGGGGAUUUGAGAGUGGUGGAGAGGGAAGGAGUCAAGCAGAAAUGCCAGGAAGAACCAGGCAAAGACACUUGGCACCAAAAGCAUCCACUCAGUUUCUACAGACAGUGCUCGUGGUAUUUCAUCUUGGCCUGUUCUGUUGUGAAUGUUACCUGUUGUGUCUGGAUAACUCUUCAGCUUCUUGAAGUAUAGGGAAAGAUACUCUGUCACCUCCCCAAAUGCACACAUUUCUUAAAUCUAUUUUUAUUCUCUUGCUGAAGUUUUAAUUAUAACAAGAAUUCCCCAUCUCUCACUGCCUUCUUAGUACAUUACUUUGAGCCUUUGAACCAUAUAAAUUUGCCAAAGCCAUUUUCUCCUAAUGACAUGUUAUGGACUUACAUUAAGAAAAUGACACUAUCAAUGUCUAGCUUGACCCGUUAGUUGGGUCUGCAUUGAAUCUGUAAAAAUAUUUUUCUUGAAGAUGCAGGUAUUUUUAUUAAAAAACUCAUUAGUUUUUUCCUUUUCCUAUCAAAAUCAUACUGUUUUGAAUUGCUAUAUAAGACAUGCUCUGUCGUGACAUUUGCUUAAAUAGAAGUUGAGUGCUUAGUUCUUCACAUGCUACAAUCAGGAUGUGAUUAACAUCUUUAUGUUCCUUAAAGUACUAUUGGAUUUAUUCAAAUGUGGUGUGUCCUUUGCUCUUCUUUGUUAAAAUCUAUUCAGAAGAGAUUGUAAAAGGAACAGGCUAGCUUUCUUAAUUCAAACUUGAGGGAGAAUUAGAUUACAUUUUCCCCUAAAGAAAUGUUAAGGUUCAUUUUGUGGCUUUAUCUUUGCUUAUGACUUAGUUUUACCCAUUUCUAUAUUUGUCCAUUUAAAACCGUAUGUUACAUCAUUUUCUGGGGAUUUUCCUUGAUGUCUAUAGAAUUAUUUACUCUACAAAUGAUCUUUGCCAUUUGAAAUGGUUCUGACAGUUUAGGACUCCCACAUGUCUGUCUUUUUAGAAGGCCACCUGUAUCUUUAAAUGGAAAAAAAUCAGUAUUAGUUACCUUAACUCUGUGAUUUCUUCAUGGUAUAAAAUUAGGCAGAUCACUUUACUUUGCCGAGUUUCAGGAGCCACUUACUCUCAGAAGUGUUAGGAAGUAGUUAGAGCCUCUGGUAAAAGGUGUUAAAAGACCAGCUAUUAUAUUAUUGGUCACUUGUCUGAGCUUGGAACUUCAAAAAAAAAAAGUUAAACUAUGCGGUGGUAGUAAAAUGUGUUUCAGUGCUCUUAUCACAGGCAUCAGUGAUGGUUUGAAACACGGACUUUAAGCAGUUUAUACCAAGAAUGGACUUAAAUGUUAUUCUUAUUAGUCAUAUGUAUGAUUUACCCGUUCAGCUUCUAGAUGUCCAUGCUUUGUGCUUUCUGUCUCAUUUAAGAGACAGUUCACUUCUAAAAAUAACAUCUAUAGUUGAUAAAUUUUUGGCCAGCCAGCUUUCUGUAAAAGGAAAGAAUGUUAUACUUGAAUCUAUUUCAAGAAAUGCCUUUUUAUAAAUCAAAGGUCUUUCCUGCCUGUGAAGAAAAUACCUGAGGUCAAACACAGUUGCUGGUCAUUUUGAUUGGAAGGUUCCAGGUAUUAGAUUAAUUUUAUCUUUAUAAAAUCAUGUAAUCUCAUAAAGAGUCACCACCUAAAAGUAAUAAAGGCCCUGUACCUAUACAGGGCACUUUGGAAACAAAAUUUCAACUCAUAUGUUAUAAAUCUGUAAUAAUUCAGUCACCAUCGAAUGUUAGAAUCAUUAGGUUGAAUUGCAUACAUGUCAUUCUUACCACACAUCAUGAAGAGCUUAAACAUUUUUAUUUGCUAUUGUCUCUAAUGUAGUUCUGUUGUUGUUUUUAAUAAUGAUAUUAAGUGGAUUUGGUUUACACACAUUCCACGUUAACAAUCAUACUUUUUAAAGAAGCAAUCCGUAGCAUUCCAAAAUCCAGGAGUCCAAAUAAAAGAUCUACUCCAGUGUAAAAUCUCUACAGAGAUAAAAAGAAUUCUGCAUUUCAGAGUUGGCUUGUUGAACCAGGUGAAGACAUUUGGCUGUAUGCUUCCAAGAUUGAAAAUGGUUUUCUUUAUUGUACUCUCAACUGUGUUUUUUUAAAUCUCUUCCAGCAGUCUCUACCUCAGGCACUAAGCAUUAUGAUAAGGUUAGUAUAUUGAUGCGAAAAAGUUAGCUAAGACUUCCAACUUUUUAAGAUAAUUUAUAUGUAAAAUUCAACUGUUAUCCAGCAAUCUGAUGUAAUGUGGUGUGCAGUUUGGAUAUUGCAUGAACAUCUAAGGAAUUACCUGUUCUAGUGCCAAAGAUCACUUGUUGCUGAUUUUGUUCUGUACAGUAUAUGUAAAACUUUCCUGGUGGAGACAGACUUUGUGCUCAGGGCCUUGUCUCUAGGAAGAUUUUGUCAUUUCCAAGCAUUUUAUCAGUUCCAAAUACAGUUUAGAAGAUUCA